GCGGGGCCGGGACCGGGGACCGGGACCAGUGGUGGGAGGAGGCUGCGGCGCUAGAUGCGGACACCUGGACCGCCGCGCCCAGGCUCCCCGCGCUCGCUGCUCCCGCGGCCCGCGCCAUGCCCUCCUACACGGUCACCGUGGCCACUGGCAGCCAGUGGUUCGCCGGCACCGACGACUACAUCUACCUCAGCCUCGUGGGCUCGGCGGGCUGCAGCGAGAAGCACCUGCUGGACAAGCCCUUCUACAACGACUUCGAGCGUGGCGCGGUGGAUUCGUACGAUGUGACUGUGGACGAGGAACUGGGCGAGAUCCAGCUGGUCAGAAUCGAGAAGCGCAAGUACUGGCUGAAUGACGACUGGUACCUGAAGUACAUCACGCUGAAGACGCCCCACGGGGACUACAUCGAGUUCCCCUGCUACCGCUGGAUCACUGGCGAUGUCGAGGUUGUCCUGAGGGAUGGACGCGCAAAGUUGGCCCGAGAUGACCAAAUUCACAUUCUCAAGCAACACCGACGUAAAGAACUGGAAACACGGCAAAAACAAUAUCGAUGGAUGGAGUGGAACCCUGGCUUCCCCUUGAGCAUCGAUGCCAAAUGCCACAAGGAUUUACCCCGUGAUAUCCAGUUUGAUAGUGAAAAAGGAGUGGACUUUGUUCUGAAUUACUCCAAAGCGAUGGAGAACCUGUUCAUCAACCGCUUCAUGCACAUGUUCCAGUCUUCUUGGAAUGACUUCGCCGACUUUGAGAAAAUCUUUGUCAAGAUCAGCAACACUAUUUCUGAGCGAGUCAUGAAUCACUGGCAGGAAGACCUGAUGUUUGGCUACCAGUUCCUGAAUGGCUGCAACCCUGUGUUGAUCCGGCGCUGCACAGAACUGCCCGAGAAGCUCCCGGUGACCACAGAGAUGGUAGAGUGCAGCCUGGAGCGGCAGCUCAGCUUGGAGCAGGAGGUCCAGCAAGGGAACAUUUUCAUCGUGGACUUUGAGCUGCUGGAUGGCAUCGAUGCCAACAAAACAGACCCCUGCACACUCCAGUUCCUGGCCGCUCCCAUCUGCUUGCUGUAUAAGAACCUGGCCAACAAGAUUGUCCCCAUUGCCAUCCAGCUCAACCAAAUCCCGGGAGAUGAGAACCCUAUUUUCCUCCCUUCGGAUGCAAAAUACGACUGGCUUUUGGCCAAAAUCUGGGUGCGUUCCAGUGACUUCCACGUCCACCAGACCAUCACCCACCUUCUGCGAACACAUCUGGUGUCUGAGGUUUUUGGCAUUGCGAUGUACCGCCAGCUGCCUGCUGUGCACCCCAUUUUCAAGCUGCUGGUGGCACACGUGAGAUUCACCAUCGCAAUCAACACCAAGGCCCGUGAGCAGCUCAUCUGCGAGUGUGGCCUCUUUGACAAGGCCAACGCCACAGGGGGCGGUGGCCACGUGCAGAUGGUGCAGAGGGCCAUGAAGGACCUGACCUACGCCUCCCUGUGCUUUCCCGAGGCCAUCAAGGCCCGGGGCAUGGAGAGCAAAGAAGACAUCCCCUACUACUUCUACCGGGACGACGGGCUCCUGGUGUGGGAAGCCAUCAGGACGUUCACGGCCGAGGUGGUAGACAUCUACUACGAGAGCGACCAGGUGGUGGAGGAGGACCCGGAGCUGCAGGACUUCGUGAACGAUAUCUACGUGUACGGCAUGCGGGGCCGCAAGUCCUCAGGCUUCCCCAAGUCGGUCAAGAGCCGGGAGCAGCUGUCGGAGUACCUGACCGUGGUGAUCUUCACCGCCUCUGCCCAGCACGCCGCGGUCAACUUCGGCCAGUACGACUGGUGCUCCUGGAUCCCCAAUGCGCCCCCAACCAUGCGAGCCCCGCCGCCGACUGCCAAGGGCGUGGUGACCAUUGAGCAGAUUGUGGACACGCUGCCCGACCGCGGCCGCUCCUGCUGGCAUCUGGGUGCAGUGUGGGCGCUGAGCCAGUUCCAGGAAAACGAGCUGUUCCUGGGCAUGUACCCAGAAGAGCAUUUUAUCGAGAAGCCUGUGAAGGAGGCCAUGGCCCGAUUCCGCAAGAACCUCGAGGCCAUUGUCAGCGUGAUUGCUGAGCGCAACAAGAAGAAGCAGCUGCCAUAUUACUACUUGUCCCCAGACCGGAUUCCGAACAGUGUGGCCAUCUGAGCACACUGCCAGUCUCACUGUGGGAAGGCCAGCUGCCCCAGCCAGAUGGACUCCAGCCUGCCUGGCAGGCUGUCUGGCCAGGCCUCUUGGCAGUCACAUCUCUUCCUCCGAGGCCAGUACCUUUCCAUUUAUUCUUUGAUCUUCAGGGAACUGCACAGAUUGAUCAAAGUGUAAACACCAUAGGGACCCAUUCUACACAGAGCAGGACUGCACAGCAUCCUGUCCACACCCAGCUCAGCAUUUCCACACCAAGCAGCAACAGCAAAUCACGACCACUGAUAGAUGUCUAUUCUUGUUGGAGACAUGGGAUGAUUAUUUUCUGUUCUAUUUGUGCUUAGUCCAAUUCCUUGCACAUAGUAGGUACCCAAUUCAAUUACUAUUGAAUGAAUUAAGAAUUGGUUGCCAUAAAAAUAAAUCAGUUCAUUUAAAA